AACUCAAAUUUUGCUUAUUGGACCUUCUGUCUAACGACAACUUGCGAUCGAAAGGCCUCGCAACAAUGACUGGGAAUGACAAUUCGAGCAGCGCUCGAGGAUUCUUUGCUGGAGCUUUCAGCGGAGUUGCAAAAGUGAGCACUGGCCAUCCGUUUGACACAAUAAAGGUACGACUGCAAACUACAGAGAUGUCUCGUUUCAAUGGACCUUGGUCGUGUCUUCGCCAGACGCUGUCUCAAGAAGGCAUGAGAGGACUCUACAAAGGCUUCACGCCACCCUUGGCUGGUUUCGUCGUCAUGGACUCUCUGCUGCUCGGCUCUUUUUCGAUGUACAGGGACUUCCUAAAUCGCAGUUUGAAUCUCAGAUCUCCCAGAAAUACUGGCGAGGAUCGACACACGAUCCCGGCUAAUCGAUCUUCUGUAAUGGUUAGCUUUCUCUCGGGUGGACUCGCUGGCUGGACAGUGAGCUUCAUUGCUGCACCCAUCGAACAUGUCAAGGCACGUUUACAAGUUCAAUACCACACGAAGAUCUACUCAGGCCCUAUCGACUGCGUCCGGAAAAUAUAUCGGGACCAUGGCGUUUAUGGGGUAUAUCGCGGACUACCCGCGACAAUCAUAUUUCGGAGCUUCUUUGCUGUCUUCUGGGCAAGCUACGAUGUGUUCAAUCGCCGGAUGCAAGUUUCUACUGACCUGAGUCUACCACUUAUCAACUUCAUGGCUGCUGGGGUAGCUGCUCAGCUGUAUUGGCUCACCGGCUAUCCCACCGACGUGAUUAAGCAACGGGUGAUGACUGAGCCUCUGGGAAUUAGAGGAUCGCAUCAUCGCACAAGGUGGAUCGGUAUUGCAAACAAAAUAUACCAGGAGUCUGGGUGGAAAGGAUUCUGGAGAGGAUUUGUGCCGUGCUUCCUCAGAGCUUUUCCCGCAAAUGCCAUGUCAAUUAUGACAUUUGAGGCAGUAAUGCGCGCUACGGCUCGGAAGGAGCAC